AUGUUCUACAAGUUCGAGCGGCGAAACGAUGCCGAAAGACAGAGGAGACAAUACGCCUUCGUUCGUCGCCCAAGCCGCAAACUUCUCCAGCUGCGGGAUAGAGCCGAGUUCAGCGACUAUCCUGGUGCACAACAGGGCCGCCAAGAUGUUCGUGUUGGUGAGACGAGUGCCAUCUUACCCGACGGCCAUCCAGAUCGGCAAAAGGCAGAGUUGGUACUGGAUGCAUUCCGAACAUCAACAACGUCUCCGGCUCCAAAAGAACGGGCAACGGCCCGCGCUUUUCUCGCUCGAACGCGAGUGGGAAAGCGCGGCCGAAAUCAUGCUAUGCUACGGUUGAGGAUGUGGCAGACAAAUCCGAUGAUGGUCCAACACUGCCUGGCGCCGAAGCUGGACUGA